UCAAAUUAAGUUCUGCAGUGUUACGGUUCACGCAACGUUAUUUAUCCUGUUGCUUUAGAGUCCCAGUACCCUCACAUACUUACUAUCGUAUUUCGACGAACAUCUCGAUACUGUCCUGCAAUGUGUGAGCCCGAGGUCACGGCAGUGGAAGUCAACCAGCGGGACCUUGUCGAUAAAGUCCUCGCCCGUUAUCCAGAGGAAUUCACGGUGUUCCGAGAACUGUUGCAGAACGCGGAUGACGCUGGCGCCGAAAACUUCGAUGUUGUAUUUGAGAGUACACACGCCGGAUGUACGAGUAAUGGGACGACACCAGGUCUCAAUUCAGUUAAGAUCUUCAGAUGGCUUGUCAAGAAUGACGGUGCCCAAUUUCAAGACACUGACUGGAAGCGUCUGACGAAGAUUGCCGAAGGCAAUCCGGAUGAACGAAAGAUCGGUGCAUUUGGAGUCGGUUUCUUCAGCGUGUUCAGUGUCACCGACAAGCCCAUUGUCAAAUCGAAUGGAAAGAUGGUAUCCAUUUAUUAUUGUGGAGACCAGCUCUUUGUGAAGAAAGAACAACAACUCAAUUGUGACCGCGACGAGUGGACUGUGAUCGAGAUGGAGUUGAAGCAGGAGUCGACUAUCCCGCGGAUCUUUGAACUCACGCGAUUUCUAGUAACCUCCGUGACGUUUCUGGCCAAUAUUCCAACGUGUUAGGAUCUUUCUGGACGACACUGAGUUGUCUCGCUUGACCAAAACUCGGAAUAAAGCCAGUCAGUCAAUAGCCAUUUCGGAGCAUAU